GGUGUUUGCGCACCGACAUUUCGUGCCGUAACAACCUGCAGCAGAGGGACGGGAAGAGAAGAAAAAAGAGCUUCGUUCAUGAGUUAAAACUCAGAGCUUUUUGUUGAAAUUUCUCGAUGGCUGACUGUGUCUCUAAGGUGGAGCUGUGUGUCUCCUGUACUGACCUGCUGGACAAAGAUGUCGGCUCAAAGUCGGAUCCUCUGUGCGUGCUGCUGCAGAAGACAGGAGGAGACAGCUGGACAGAGCUGGGUCGUACCGAACGUUUGAUGAACUCGUCCAGUCCGUCCUUCAGUCAGCGUCUAAGGAUCGAUUAUCACUUUGAGACCGUUCAGAAUCUGAAGCUGGGGGUCUACGACAUUGACAACUCCAGCACUGACCUCGGUGAUGAUGACUACCUGGGAGGGGUGGAGCUAACUCUGGGACAGAUCGUUUCCAGUAAAACUAUAACCAGACCUCUGCAGCUGAAGAAAGGCAAACCUGCAGGAAAAGGAGCCAUCACUAUCUCAGCAGAGGAGAUAAAGGACAACAGAGCCGUUGAGUUGGAGUUUGAGGCUAAAAAGCUCGACAAGAAGGAUACAUUUGGAAAGUCUGAUCCCUUCCUGGAGAUAUUUAGAAAAGGAGACGACGGAAAGUGGCAGCUGGUCCACCGAACAGAGGUGGUGAACAACAAUCUGAAUCCUACCUGGAAGAAGUUCACUGUUCCUCUGCAGACGUUCUGCUGCAGCGACCUCGAACGACCCCUGAAGGUGGACUGUUCGGACCAUGACAGCGAUGGAUCUCACGACCUGAUUGGUUCCUUCACCACUAAAGUCUCUGAGCUGCAGAAAGCUGCACACGGGUCACCGGUGGAGUUCGACUGUGUCCACCCCGAGAAACAGAAGAAGAAGAAGAGCUACAAGAACUCUGGAGUCGUCUCUGUGAAGAGCUGCAAGCUGUUGACCCAGUACACCUUCCUGGACUACGUGAUGGGCGGCUGCCAGAUCAACUUCACUGUUGGGAUCGACUUCACCGGCUCUAAUGGAGAUCCUCGCUCGCCAAACUCUCUCCACUACAUGAGUCAAGACGGGGGGAACCAGUACCUGUCCGCUCUGUGGUCUGUGGGUCAUGUGGUCCAGGACUACGACACGGAUAAACUCUUCCCAGCUUUCGGUUUUGGAGCCAAACUUCCUCCGGACUUCAAGGCUGCAAACCAUGAGUUCGCCCUCAACUUCAACCCAACCAACCCCUACUGCCAAGGUAUUCAGGGGAUCGUUGAAGCCUACAGGAUGGUUUUGCCUCAGCUGAGACUCUCUGGACCCACAAACUUCUCUCCCAUCAUCAGCCACGUUGCUUCCAUCGCUGCUGCUGCUGCUCAGACCAAUGCCGCCUCUCAAUACUGCGUCCUCCUCAUCCUCACUGACGGGGAAAUCACCGACUUGGACCAGACCAGGGACGCCAUCGUCAGGGCGUCGCGGCUGCCGCUGUCAAUCAUCAUCGUGGGGGUGGGGCCAGCAGACUUUAAGGCCAUGGAGCUUUUGGACGGAGACGACGGCGUGCUGAGGUCGACGGUGGGGGAGGCCGUCGCCAGAGACAUCGUCCAGUUCGUCCCGUUCAGGCAGUUCAAAGAUGCUCCCCAACAAGCUCUGGCUCAGUCUGUACUCGCUGAGGUUCCCAACCAGGUGGUCUCUUAUUUCAAAAUGAGAGGCCUGGAACCACCCAAACCACAAGCUGCCCCCAAAUCCUAAAUCCACCCCCCUUCAUGGAGCCUUACAACCCAAACCAAGCACUCCCCAGACCAAGAUGCUGAAGGCCCACCUCAUUCCAGGAUCAGACCACGCCCCCUACUCUGUGGCCACACCCACAAAGACGACCACUGCUUUGAGACCAAUCUCUGAUGACUCUCAGCCAAUCACAACUCUGCACGGAGCUGUCAGCCAAUCAGGAUGCCAUGAGGAACAUCUCCACUUCUUCUUUUUUUUAUAUAUUUGUUAUAAUCUCGCUGAUUUAUUCUUCAAUGAAAGGAAUGAUUAUGAUGUAGUUUAGAUGUUUCUGCUGCUUACACUCUUAACUAUGCAAAUGAAAUGCGUUUACUAAUGUGCCACCGUCACAGAGCCACACACACGCCACCUGCUGGUUACUGAAGAGGCAUGCACACAGGUGGAGCUGAGGCGGGUUGAAUGAAUAUUCCUGACAAUAAAAAAACACAAACACAGCAACAGUAACAGGAUUUAGCUGAAGUGAUGCAAACAGCCUCAACUUGCCCAGCUGUCAAUCAAGUCAGCCCCUCCCCUUAUCAUUCCUAAUUAUGCUAAACUCUUACCUGUGAUCCAUGUGUUACCAUGGUGACACUCUGCACUCCAUACCAGAUGUGUGUGUGUGGCUCUGUUCAGCUUUGUUCAGGUAUGAAUACUUUGCACUUUGCUUUUGCUCUAAAUGCUGGAGAACUGUAUUAUAUGAAUGAUGGCGUUUACUCUUGAUCCUAGCUUUAACACUUUAGCCUUAUUAGAAACUUCGCCUUACUCUUCGCUCUCUGCUGCUUCAGCCUGAAUGUUCUCGGACCGCUUUGUCACGACUCAGUGGUUUGUUAAGGCCGCCAUUUUGGCUCAUAGGAAGAACUGAAUUCUACCACAGAAGAUUAAAGAACGUAUAAGUCACAACUUGAAUGUCUUGCAGCUGCGUAAAGGUUCAGCUUUGUUACAGGCUGCAGAGUUACUGAGUGAGCAAUCUAUCCGGAGAAAAAUAAAAGUUAACUUGACUUAAAUUAGCAAUAAAUGAAAAUAUUAAAAUGUACAAGAAAAAUAACAAAUAAAGAAUCAUGCAGUGUGGUCUAAAGAGCACUCAUUGGUUCAGACUGUUCUGAUAGUUAAGUGCCUUAUUAACUGAAUACUAUGAAACACUUUAUAAGUCUCGAGUGGAGCCGACAUGGCCGCCUUCUUUGUGAUGAUGUGACGCUGAAUUAGGUCAUGUGUCAGCGUACCGUUAAUAAUAUCUUUAGGAUUUAUGUUUAAACAUUUGUCUAAAAAAGAGAAGAAACAUCGUUCACAUUCAAAGAAUCAUGAUUCUGAAUUUGAUGCUUGUUUAAUUAAAAACAUUAUUUGACUCCACACGGCGUCCAACACAUCCGAAUAAAUCACAGGAACUGCUUGAGAUUGCAAUUCUGCAACAGCGCUGUAACAAAGUUGUGCUGUCAUUAUGCCACAGUGCUUCAGUGCCAACUAAGCGUCUGUGUCAUUCUCUGCUCUGUUUCUUACCCAAAUACUUUUUCCCUUCCCACCUGAGAUACUGGAAGGCCAAAACAUCCAUAUUUCAUGUAAAAAAAAUUGUCAAUUUUUUUUCCAUUUUCUUAAAAGUCAACAAGUAGGACUUUUUUGUGCAAAAAGCUUAAAACAUCUUGUGACCCGUUGACGUCACAGAUCAACCAAGGUCACUCUUUAUAUCAGUCUAAGUCAUAAUCAGAAUUGUAUUGUCUUUCAAAAGUAUUUAGAAACUCUUCAAAUUUGAAAACCUUAACAGGAUUUAUCUUUCAGGAAAUUAACAACUACAAAUGUCUUUCCGAUCGAACUUAUUUUUCUCUGAAAAGAAAGUAUAAUAUGCACUUACAAGCUUCAUGAAAAGCAAAAUAAGCGGACCAGGAUUUUAUUAUAUUUGUGUUUGUUUUUUCACCUUAUGUUGUCUGAAAAGCCAAACUGUAGGAGAGUCUGUUCAUUGAAGUUUGUCCCUGUCAGGCUGCUGUUACAUCCUUCACAUCCUACAUUCUUCAUUGUUUUGGCUUAAAGUAUUCAAAAUGUUGAGUAUGCUCAGCUAAAAUGUCCUCUGUUUUUGUUGUAAGAUGUUAAUGAGGAAGAAGUGAAUAUCUGCAUGAUGAAGAUCAGAGCUGAAGGAGCUGUAGCAUCACUUUCAAACCAACUGGCUGCAUGAUCAUGUGAAGCUAUCAUUACUUUCCCAAAUUUACAAAAAGCUUAAACCAAGAGGAAAAUGCCGCUUCUGCUUAUCUCAAUAAAGAACUACUUCUCCCAUAAUGCUUUGCUUCACAGUGUUGCCCACAGUGAUCCAAAGCAUAUCUUUUAUCAACAUCAUGCAAAUCUUUAACAGGUCGACCAUCAGCAUGACGCCGCCGUCACUUCCACUGCUCAAUCAUCCAACUAACUUCUACCAAGUAAAAUGUAACCAGUAUAACCAGUAACAGCGUGCCUGUAUGAAUGCCAACUGGUAUAAUCAAUAAUAAAACAACUUUGGGAAAGUAA